GACGCGGGUUCGAGUCCCGGCGGUGCCGGCCCGGCCAUGGCUGCAGUCCCGGAGGGAGCGGAGCCCGAGCUGCCCCCAGAGCCGCCCGUGCACCGGCUCAGCGUGGCCGAGCUCGACCGUGAGCUGGACUCCCACAGCGAGCUGAUCGAUGAUAAAGAAUUCGACAUCCCUCAGGUUGAUACCCCCCCCACACUGGAGAGCAUCCUGAAUGAGACUGAUGAUGAAGAGGAGUCUUUCGUUCUGGAGGAUCCCUUUCUCCUGAGCGUCGAUAACGCGGACGCGCACUCCUACGACACGUCGUCCGUGGCCAGCUCUGACAGUGGGGACCGCUCGCACCUCAAGAGGAAGAAAAAGCUCCCAGAUUCUCUCUCACUUCAUGGAUCAGUGAUCCGGCUCUCUCUCCUGAAGGGAAUUUCUGCCCAAAUAGUGUCUGCAGCAGACAAGGUGGAUGCUGGCUUGCCCACUGCAAUUGCAGCAUCAAAUCUGAUAGCAGUAGGGACUUCCCAUGGGCUGGCACUGAUAUUUGAUCAGAACCAGGCUCUGAGGCUGUGCCUGGGCAGCACCGCUGUGGGGGCCCAGUAUGGGGCCAUCUCUGCCCUCAGCAUCAACAACGACUGUUCCAGGCUCCUGUGUGGCUUUGCCAAGGGACAGAUCACCAUGUGGGACCUGGCCAGUGGGAAGCUGCUUCGCUCGAUAACAGAUGCUCACCCACCAGGAACAGCCAUUCUGCACAUCAAGUUUACAGAUGACCCGACACUUGCGAUUUGCAACGACAGCGGAGGCUCCGUGUUUGAACUGUCCUUCAAGAGGGUUAUGGGAGUGAGGACCUGUGAAUCUCGGUGUCUCUUCAGUGGCUCCAAGGGGGAAGUUUGCUGUAUUGAGCCUUUACAUGCAAAAGCUGACCUGAGAGACCAUCCUAUCACCCACUACUCACUGCUGGCCAUGGCCUCCCUCACAAAGAUACUGGUUAUUGGCCUAAAGCCAUCUCUGAAGGUGUGGAUGACCUUUCCCUAUGGUCGGAUGGACCCCUCAAGUGUCCCUCUCCUGGCCUGGCACUUUGUGGCUGUGCAGAGCUCUGUGAACCCCAUGCUGGCCUUCUGUCGAGGAGACGUCGUGCAUUUCCUGCUGGUCAAGAGAGAUGAUACAGGUGCAAUACAUGUCACUAAGCAGAGGCAGCUUCAUCUGCACUAUGAUCUCAUCAACUUUACUUGGAUCAACUCCCGCACUGCGGUGCUGCUGGACAGUGUGGAGAAGCUGCACGUCAUAGACCGGCAGACCCAGGAGGAGCUGGAGACCAUCGAGAUCCCAGAGGUGCAGCUGGUCUACAACAGCAGCCACUUCAAAUCCCUGGCCACAGGGGGCAACGUCAGCGAGGCCCUGGCACUGGUGGGAGAGAAGGCUUGUUACCAAUCUAUCAGCAGCUGUGGUGGCCAGAUCUUUUACCUUGGAACUAAGUCUGUUCACGUCAUGACAUUGAGAAGCUGGAGAGAGAGAGUUGACCACCUUCUGAAACAAGAGCGUCUCACAGAUGCCCUGGCUUUAGCUUGGUCCUUCUGUGAAGGUAAAGCAAAGGCUGUAGUAGGCCUGACUGGGGACACGACCAAGAGGAAGGCAGUCAUUGCAGACAGGAUGGUUGAAAUCCUUCUCCAUUAUGCUGAUCGGACUUUGAAGAAAUGUCCUGACCAAGGGAAAAUCCAGGUUAUGGAGCAACACUUUCAGGACGUGGUGCCCGUCAUUGUCGAUUACUGUCUCCUGCUGCAGCGCAUGGAUCUAUUAUUUAACCAGAUAUAUGAUAAGAUGAGUGAGAAUUCUGUAGCCAAAGGCAUCUUUCUGGAGUGCUUGGAGCCAUAUAUCUUAAGUGACAAGCUGAUGGGAAUGACAGCUCAGGUGAUGAAAGACUUGCUGCUUCACUUCCAAGAUAAGAACAGGUUGGAAAACUUGGAAGCCUGCAUUGUGCAUAUGGAUAUCACUAGCUUAGACAUCCAGCAGGUCGUUCUCCUGUGCUGGGAGAACCGUCUGUAUGAUGCCAUGAUCUACGUGUACAACAGUGGGAUGAACGACUUCAUCAGCCCCAUGGAGAAACUCUUCAAAGUCAUUUCUCCUCCACUGAAUGCUGGGAAGUCUCUCACAGAUGAGCAGGUAAUAAUGGGCAACAAGCUGCUUGUGUAUAUAAGCUGCUGCUUGGCAGGCCGUGCAUAUCCACUGGGAGAUAUUCCUGAAGAUCUGGUACCUCUGGUGAAAAAUCAGGUGUUUGAGUUCCUCAUCCGCCUGCACUCGGCUGAGGGGUCGGUGGAUGAGGAGGUGUAUCCCUACGUUCGGACCCUGCUGCACUUCGACACGCGGGAAUUCCUCAACGUCCUGGCUCUGACUUUUGAAGACUUUAAGAAUGACAAGCAAGCUGUGGAAUAUCAACAGAGAAUUGUGGACAUUCUUCUGAAGGUGAUGGUGGAGAACUCUGACUUCACCCCGUCACAGGUUGGCUGUCUCUUCACAUUCCUGGCCCGUCAGCUCGCCAAGCCCAACAACACCUUGUUUGUCAACAGGACACUUUUUGACCAGGUCCUGGAGUUCCUGUGCAGUCCGGAUGACGACUCCCGCCAUUCCGAGAGGCAGCAGGUCCUGCUGGAGCUGCUCCAGGCAGGAGGGAUAGUGCAGUUUGAAGAGAGCCGUCUUAUCCAAAUGGCAGAGAAAGCUGAAUUCUUCCAGAUCUGUGAGUUCAUGUACGAGCGGCAGUUUCGCUACGACAGAAUCAUCGGCUGUUACCUGCGGGACCCCAUGAGAAAGGAAGAAGUUUUCAACUACAUUCACAACAUCCUGUCCAUGCCUGGCUACAGUGCUGAGGAAAAGCAGUCGGUGUGGCAGAAAGCUCUGGACCACAUAGAGGAGCUGCUGGUGCUGAGCCCAGGGAAGGCAGCUGAGCUGGCAGCCAUCCACUUCAGUGAGAAGAUUGAGAGCAUCAUCUCCACCCUCCAGGACCAGUUCUUGCUCUUCCAGUUCCUGAGGAGUCUCCUCGAUCCAAGAGAAGGCAUUAACCAAGAACUGAUACAUUUACCACCCUCCAUCACUGAGCAGUUCAUUGAGCUGCUGUGCCAGUUCAGCCCAGACCAGGUCCUGGAGACACUCAGAGUUCUGGAAUAUUGCAGACUGGAAGAAACCAUCCAGAUAACCCAGAAACAUCAGCUCCAUGAAGCUUCUUCGUAUUUACUGGAGAAGAAAGGAGAUAUCCACGGUGCCUUUUUGGUUAUGCUUGAGCGAUUGCAGAGAGAGUUGCUGAUGCUCACUCAAGAGGAUGAAAGCCAAACUGAACCCUCCUUGCUAGAAAAAAUUGAAGAUACCUUAAUGAAAACAAUUGCCCUUUGCCAGAGGAAUUCACACAGUUUAGACCAGCAACAGAGAGAGGCCCUGUGGUUUCCCCUGCUGGAGGCCAUGAUGUCCCCACAGAAAUCCUCUGGUUCUUCACAGUGUCGAUACUCUGAAUCUUUGAAGAGUUUGACAAUGCAGGUGCUGAACAACAUGGCUGCGUUCAUUGCUCUGCCCUCCAUCCUGCAGAGAAUCCUCCAGGAUCCAGUUUAUGGAAAAGGGAAACUUGGAGAAAUUCAAGGGCUUGUCCUGGGAAUGCUGGACACCUUUAACUAUGAACAGACUCUUCUAGAGACAACUACGAACCUUUUAAACCACGAUCUCCACUGGUCCCUGUGUAACCUGAGAGCCUCUGUCACGAGGGGGCUCACCCCAAAACAGGAUUACUGCUGCAUCUGUCUCCAGCAGUACAAGAGGAGGCAAGAAACUGCUGAUGAAAUCAUUGUUUUCAGCUGUGGCCACCUGUACCAUUCCCUGUGCCUGCUGAGCAAGGAGUGUGGGACAGUCACCAAGGGCCUCAUGAGGUGGAUGUGCUAUAAGUGCAACUCGAGUAACAAGGGAGGAAAGCUCAGUGAGAACUUCUCAGAGCUGAAAAAAGGAACUGGAGCAUCCCUGGCACAGACGAGUUCAGAGGCUCUGUUGGAUCCUCAGCAAAUCCAGGCUUUUGACCAGCUGUGCCGGCUGAACCGAGGCACCUCCCGCUUGGCUCUUCUGACAGAGCUGGCCCGUGGUGGUGAGAAGCACGGGCUGCUCAGCACUUCCCACGGGGACCCGGCCUCCAGCAGCGUCUUCCAGAACGAGACCUUCCAGCUCCACCUGACCCCCCCUCCGCUGGCCGAGGACUAGUGCUCCUGUACUGGCAGGGCUGGGCUGCCCUCGGGUCCUGCUGCUGGCAAGCCUUUCCAUCGCUCCACCGGACUUUUCCCCCCACAUCUCCUUUUCCAGAACCUUCUGGGCUGACUGUGGGUUUGUAGCUAGGUGAUCUCCCAGCUCUGCUGCAGCCUCUCCCUAAGCCAGGGCAGCUGGGCUGGGAGCUGGAGCCAGGGCACGGACAGCAGGGCUGCCUGUGCCCACCCCGGGCUUGGCCAGUGGGGACUGCCCACAUAACGGGGGAGGUGCCUGCGCUGAGCCCACAGCUGUGUCCCGGGGUUGGUGCUGUGCCUGGGGCCAAACCUGACCUCUGUGCUCUGAAAGCAGCUGUUUUGCCAAGGCCUAGCCCCAUCCGAGGGCACAGAACAGGCAAACCUGGAGAAGGCUGAGGAAUGUGCAGGAAACAUGACCUGUGCACGGUGUGUCCCACCCUCCAACCAUUAAAGAGGCCCUUGGGUGAACUUCUCUCAUGCUUUCUGCACACGGGGAGCGGGUGAGGGCUGCUGGUAAGAGAGAGAAAUCUUGUCCCUGGGGGGUGAGGCCCAAACCUCCCCUCUCACCCCGUUGUACCUUAUGUUGGGAAUGUGGGGGAAGCGUAUGUGAAAAGGUGUCUCAGACACUCGGGGGCUGCAGGGGUUAGAGGGUGGGUGUGAUGGGUGCUGGUGGUCACAGAGGUUUGUCACUCUAAGCUGAGCCCAGUGUUCUGUAACACCAAACUGGGCCGUGUCCCUUCCCAACAGCACCUUUAGCACCUGCUCUCACCUCCGUGUUAGUGGGGUUUGUGUGUUGUCACCUCUGGCUUCUCACUCACACUCCUCUUCCUCCUGCUCACUUUGUCACUGGCACGUGGGUGUUUUGGGGUACCACACCCUGGGGGUCCCAGCUGCUCCCAGGGCACAGCACCGGGUGGGGUUGUUCUUCCUGCACACAGAACUCUGGUGGCUGAUCCAUGCAGAGCUCACACGGAAUGGCAGGAGUAUGGGAACAGAGAAGCACGAGGUGUUGUGCAGAGCUCACCUGGCCAGGAGAAGUGCCUCACCUCCUUCCCACCAGCAUUGAGAAGUGCACACUGGUGUUUCCAGCCUGCAGCCCCACGGGCACCUGAGCUGGGGUGGCUCCUGUCCCCUCUGUCCUUCCCCCUGGCUGGGACAGCCCUUUGGGUAAGUGGGAGCUGGGCCCUGGGGGUGCCCACCGGGGUGUGCUGCAUGUGGUGAUUGCCUUCUGCUGCCUGCCCUGGGGGGUGUCAGCUGCCCCUUCCUUUGCUGGAAAUGCAGGGAUGUUUCACUCCAGUAUGGAAAGCACAUGGGGAGUCAGGACAAGCAGAAGGCCAGUUGUUCAGUAUUUUAUUCAAGAUAUACACACCUCUCCCUGGCAGGGUGGAGCAGCCAGCCCAGGGCAUGGCUCGAAGGGCACGGCCAGGCCAGUGUUUGUGCAAAGGAAAGGGACCACGUUUCCGUGGGAGUGUGAUGGAGCACAGGGAGAACCUGCUGCUGGGCCGCUGCCCCAACACUCCCUGAACAGCCCUGUCCCACCCCAGGCUGCUCCGCUGACGUUUUCCAGGAACAACAGAAGGAAGAGGCAGCUUAUUGUGCUUAAGACAUCUGAACAUCCUGGGUAGGAGACACUCACAGCUUGUGAAUAUUGCUAAUUACUUACAGUUAAGAAAGGAUGGAUCCUGGCAGGGACAGGGCCCUGUGGGCCCCCAGGACCUCACGGUGAGUCUGGGCCAUCACCACCCUGAGGGUCCCCGCGCUCACGGCCGGUGCCCACGCGGGGCCGCGGCUCCUGCUUGCCCGCAAACAAGGUGAGCUCGUGCCAGGCCAGGGGUCCUGCUGACCCACCCUGUGCUUGGUGCCUCAGGGAGAGCUGGGAGGAGCUCCCUGCCCUUGGGAAAGGCCCCCACCAACCCCUGGGGUGGGAGCAGCUGCCAGCCCACCCAUUCCCCCAGGGAAGGAAGAGCCUUCCCCUUUCUGGGAGGAAAACUCAGGUAGGCCAGGCAUGAGAGUGAGCUUGUCCAGCCCUCCACUCAGAUUACAAUUGAAAGAUUAAAUAUGAAUAAAUGUUGUAGGUUUAUACAUAAUGUUUCCUUCUACUUAUGAAAUGUGUCUGAAUGGUCCUAAGACACCCAAACGUUGUUAGAAACCUUAGUUAGCCAAGAAAAACAACCCCUUCCUUAAAAAAUAAAUAAAUCCUAUUUAGUUUUA